CGAAGGUGGUACAAGGGAAAAAAAGUACUUGUGGGGCCAACCGGAGUAGCAGCCAGCCAUUUAGAUCCUUUUCACCGCGGGAUGUGAGCGCUGAGAGCGUCUCUACAAUGCAGGAUGACCGCUGUGACUUUGAGAGGACUGAGACAGAGACAGAAAACAGACUGCUGAACCUUUAGAGAAGCGGAAUUCUUAACGGUUUUGCAGAUGUGAAAGUGUGGCGAAGUUGUAAGCUAGCACGAUUCCACCGUUCACGUUUCAGCGUGCGGGCGCUAGCUGCGUUUGUGUGGGGUUUAUUACACUUGUCAGCCGUGUAUAAGUACGAGGCUUGUAAGUUAGUUUUGCCACCAAACUGUUAGUUAAUGGAGUUGUGGUGAAGCGGGGGUUUUAAAACAACGCUUAAACAGGUGUUUGGAGUAUUUUUUUAAUGGAAGCCUCCGCCGCCUUGGGCGUGUCAGUGAGCAGCCCUCCUCGGCUUUGUUUCUUUGCUCUGUGCCAUCCAUCUCAUCAUGGACAGCCUGCUGAGCGGGGCCAGUAAAGGGGCCGGUGCCCUACAGUCAGCACAGACCUCAUCACGUCAUAGAUGCCACACGGUGUCUUUGCCUCUGUAUGACUAACUGUGGUGGAAAAAAUAAAGCUUAAAUUCUUCUUAGCUUAAACAAAAGAGCCAUGCAUCCGCUGCUGUCCCUCAGUGUCUUUUGGCUGCUGCCCCUGGCCUUGACACUGGAAGACAACUCACCGCUGGUCCCCCGUAGAUCUGUGCCCUAUGAUAGGGACAACACUCCACUGUUUCGUGAGGAGGGAGUAUUCAACUACUCCACCAUGCUGUUGAGAGAAGAUCUGGAAGUGCUAGUACUGGGUGCCAGGGAGGCAGUGUAUGCUCUUGACCUCAGUGACAUCUCCAAGAAACUUUCUUCAGUGAAGUGGGAAGUGACGCAGCAACAAAAAGAUGAGUGUAAAAACAAAGGAAAAGAUCCUGAGAUGGACUGCAAGAAUUAUAUCAGGAUCUUGCAUAAGACAGAUGAUAACAGGAUGUAUGUGUGUGGAACCAACGCUUUUGAUCCGGAGUGUGAUUACAUGUCCUAUGAAAAUGGCAGGCUGACUCUUGAGAACAAAGCAGAGGACGGCAAAGGGAAAUGUCCAUUUGAUCCUUUCCAGAGAUACGCUUCCAUCAUGUUUGAAAACAACCUGUACUCAGCCACUUCCAUGAACUUCCUGGGCUCUGAACCUGUCCUGAUGCGCAGCUCUCCUGUCACCAUACGCACUGAGUUCAAGAGCUCCUGGCUUCAUGAACCCGACUUUGUUUCCAUGGCUGAGAUACCAGAGAGUCAGAUGAGUGCAGGUGGAGAUGAUGACAAGGUUUACCUGUUCUUCAGUGAGACAGCUGUAGAGUGUGACUGCUACAACAAACUGGUGGUCUCCCGCGUGGCCCGCGUCUGCAAGGGGGAUCUCGGAGGUCAGAGGACCUUGCAGAAGAAAUGGACAUCCUUCCUGAAGGCCAGAAUGGACUGUCCAGUGCUUGAUUCUCAGCUUCCUUACAUUAUCCAGGAUGCUUAUCGUUGGUGUGACUCCCAGAAGCCCUGGAAGGACUGUUUGUUCUACGCCGUUUUCACACCACAGUCAGAAACAUCAGACAUGUCUGCGGUGUGCGCGUACCGCGUGUCUGACAUCAGCAGAGUGUUUGCAGAGGGGAAGUACAAGACCCCAGUCACUGUAGAAACCUCUUUUGUUAAAUGGGUGAUGUAUAGCGGAGAUGUCCCUGACCCUCGGCCCGGAGCUUGUAUAGACAAUAACGCUCGUAAAGCGGGCAUAACUCAAACUCUGGACCUCCCAGAUCCAACUCUUCAAUUCAUCAAACUUAGGCCCCUCAUGGACCAAGCUAUCCAGCCAAUAGGAGACAAACCUGUACUGGUUAGAAGAGGAGCUACAUUCACACGCAUAGUAGUCAACCAAGUGCAGGCCACAGACGGCAGGAAGUACCACGUGAUGUUCAUAGGCACCAAGAAAGGCACAUUGCUGAAAGCAGUGAACUACGAUGGAGAGAUGUUCAUCAUAGAGGAAGCACAAAUCUUUCCGUUCCCAGAGUCGAUAAAGAUUUUGAAAUUCUCAAAUGUUACGGGUCAGCUCUAUGCGGGCUCAGACUACAGAGCAGCACAGAUGCCGGUGGCCACCUGUGGGAGGUACUUAUCCUGUAUGGACUGUGUGCUAGCCAGAGACCCAUACUGUGGCUGGGACAAAGUUGCUGGGAACUGUACCCUGCUUUCUAGUUCACAAAGUGAACUAAUCCAAAGUGUGAAAGAAGGAAAUGCCUCUAUUUGCCCUAAAGCUGAUCCUGUUGAGCCAGUGAAUCGGUCCAUCUUGCCUGGGGGAAACUUGAAGCUCCCUUGCCCUUUGCUUUCCAACCUGGCAGAAACCACCUGGGAGCGGGACGGCACACUGCUGGUCCCUGCAAAUCGCUUUCAGUUUCAACAGGAUGGACUGCUUAUCCUCAACGCCGUAGAGUCCGAUACCGGUCGAUACCGCUGCCUGUCUGUGGAGCACUCCAAAGCUGGGAAUUACACCACUACUGUGGCCGAGUACCUCGUUGGCAAAAGUCCAGCAGGCCCUGGCGAUAAGAAUCAGAUUCUUCUGCAGCCACAGAGGGAUGGGCCCUCUGUGGCUGGACUGCAGGCUGUCAUUGGGAUCCUUCUAAUUUCUCUUCUCGCCCUUUUGGCUUGGAACUUUUACAAAGGUCAUUUACCGCUGCCCUGGAACUGCGGAAAGCAGACUAGAGAACCCCACGAACAGGGGGGUCCGAACUCCUCUGUGACCUACCAUGAUGCACAGAAGCCUGCACCGCUAGAGGAUAAGCCCUUGGUGACUGGAAGAGACAAUGUCAAUAGUAAUAACAACCACUCCAGAGGUGAAACAGCAUUCAUUGCUGCAGAUGAGGAGACUGAUGCCCCAAAAGUGAUUUUUCCACCUCUGCAGUAUAUUGAUGAUGAGUCAGAAAUCUGACAAUGACAGGCACAUUAUGAUAUUCAGGAUGCAUCAGUUCAGAUGGAAUAUUUGAUUGGAAACUUUAUCAGUUUAAGUUGUUUUGUUCAAGACUUUAGUUUUGAGCUAAGAGCCUGUUGAACAGAUUUUAUAAUCAUUUUUUUGUAUAAGAGAUACACUUGAAUUUCUGCUUCACUUGUUUUAGUACAAUUGAGUUAACUUUUAAAAAGUUAAUUUUAGCUUCCUACUAAUUGUUUUAAAGCACAUUUUACUUUGAAAUAUCUUGCAAAGACUGGUACUGGAUUCUCACAGGGAAUGUACAAUAACUCAAAAUGAGCCAUUUCACGUCGCACCACUGAUUUUUAAUCAUAUUAAACCUUUUCUACCUGG